AUGCCCAAAUGGGGUUCAUUCUGGGCCCACUGCCUCGAAGGAGCGACAUCGCCUCCGUGUACAGCCUCAGUGGCUAUGCAGGAAGGCUGUGUCGCUCCAUUGGACUUCGUUGAGACAACGUUGGUGGCGGCAUUGUCAGCCGAACCCCAUGCAGUCGUCCUGUUACUUAUCUAUUUAGGGCAGAAGUGGAUCCAGUCUCCAUGUUGUCUCUCUUCCAUGAAAGAUACAUGUACAAGUCUUCGGAAAGCCCACAUUCUAGUCAAUAUAGUCAGUGCGAAUGGAAGAGAAUCAGCCCGUACACGUAAGAAUACGGCCAUGCCUCUCAAUGCCAAAACAUCUGUAUGUACACUAGAACUGAAAACCCAGAAAAUAAAACAAAAAUUGUUGAAAAAAGGACAUAAAAUGCUACAAAAAUAUUAAAUAGACAAAAAGAAACAAAUAAUAAAAAUGAGAAAACAGAACAAAAAUGUGUGAGUGUGUGAAAAGUGUGAACGAUUAAUUUAAAUGCUCAGUAAGAAUGCAAACGUCAGAGUGACUACAUCUCUACCAAAUCAGUAUUAUUUGAACUUGGAACAAUAUUGACAAUAACUUCACAUCUGUAGUGUGUUGAUUGAUGUUUUGUUAUCAAAAUUAUAGGAUUCAGGUUUUGUUAAUUGAAAACGUGAUCUAUAAAUGAAUACUCUAAUAAGCACAAACAGCUUUAUAAAGAGUAGACGUGACUGUCCAACAAACAAGAUUGAAACAUUGGUGCCAAAAACAAAGGACUCGAUAGAAAGAAUCCAUCGUCAUGAAUUGUAAUUUUGGCUUUACCAACAACUGUACCUGUUUCUAGCUCAUCAAAGCUGUGAUAAUAAGAGAGUGUGCGAUGCAGUAGUUUGAAAUAAUUAUUAAUAUUUAUAGUGUUUUUAUUUUUUGAAAUAAAAUAUGCACUGAUCAUCAAA